UGUCACACCCCGACCAUAUGUACAACAACCCUCAAUCCGCUGGUGGUCCCCCACAACAUAGGUCAAAGGGUCAACCUCAAGUUCCACCACCUGGUGCUGACCUCCAGCUGUGGGGCUGGUUCAAGGCUGUCGAUACCGAUAGCUCCGGUGUUCUUACUGUAGAUGAGUUGCAGCGCGCGCUUAUUAACGGUGACUGGAGCCCCUUCAACAUCGAGACAGUUCGUACAAUGGUGAAUAUGUUUGAUUCUGAUAACACUGGAACUAUCGACUUUCAAGAAUUCACAGGUUUAUGGAAGUAUAUCGAAGACUGGAAGAGAUGCUUCCAGGCUUUUGAUCUCGAUGGCUCCGGCAGUAUUGAUCGUAAUGAGAUGACCAACGCGCUGCGCUCGUUUGGAUACAACGUCUCUGGCCAGUUUGUCAAUACUCUUAUCCAAAAGUUCGAUCGUUUCGGCCAUGGCAAUGUUACAUUUGAUAACUUUGUUCAAGCAUGCGUUACUGUAAAGACACUGACAGACUCAUUUCGUACUUUUGAUACCGACAAUGAUGGUUGGAUUCAAAUCAACUAUGGCCAGUUCUUGGACCUUGUCAUGCGUCAACAUGCUUAAGCCGGUUUCGUACAUGUAAACCAUAUAUUAAAACAAAAAUCAAACAAAAAAAGCUUGAAAAUUCCCAUCUGUUUUGCAUGGCUUGAGAAAAAUAAAUAUAUAUCCAUUUAAUAAACAUACUUUAUAUGCCUACUAUCACGUUUUCUUUCUUUUCAUUUCUUUUUGAAAACGCCUGUAAUGUUAAAAUUGACCAAAUUAAUAAUAAAAUAAACUAUUUCUGCUUAGUCUGUAUU